AUGUUUUGGCUGGACCCGUGGCUAUUUGAUGUUUCGUUAAAUGAUAGGUUCCCUCUUAUCUUUCGCUUGGAGGUUGUGAAAUCUUGUAGUAUGCGUGAUCGGUUACUCGGAGAGGGGCACUGGUUGUGGAGACAUGAUCCCGAUUCUAAUGACGAAGUGGCGGAAUGGCGUGAUUUGGUUUCAGCUCUGAGCUCGGUUUGUUUAUCUGAUUCUCAUGAUCACUGGAGGUGGCUUGAUUCUGAUUCAGAGGGCUUCUCGGUUGCGGCUGUUAAGAAGCUUAUUGAUUCUAUGAGGGAUUACAGUAACCGUUUUGUCAUGGAUUGGUGUAAGUGGGUUCCGUCAAAAUGUAAUAUUCUGGCUUGGCGGGCAGAGGUGGAUAGGAUUCCGACAGUUGAGGCUUUAGCCGCGAGGGGUGUAGUGGUUGCCGGUGUUGAUUGCAGUUUCUGUGGUGCCGAUUCUGAUUCCGUGCUGCAUCUUUUUACUGCUUGUCCUUUGGCUUUGGGUUUAUGGGAAAGAAUUAGUUUCUGGUGUCGGGUCUUGAAAGUUUUCGUUUCUCCUUUAGAGAUUUGCUUGAGGUCCACACGAUGGGAGAUAGGGUGUUGUCGGAAAGAAAGGCUCUCCAAGGAAUUGUGA